ACAACAUCUUCUCGGUGGAAAAAAAGUCGAAUAGCUCAUGGAUGUGGAACUCCUGGUUGACUUUCAAAGCCUCCAUCCAAAAGGGUCUUAGAUUUGAAAUCAUGAAUGAAAAAUCUGUAAGAAAAUGGGAUCACCCAUGGGUGAAGGAACUCUUGGACAGCACAAGUAGAAGAUGGAACAUUGACCUAAUUCAGAAGCUCUUGCCAAGGGAGGUGUGUGAUGCCAUCCUAAGCAUUAAGGAUAUGGAACCCAGUCUGGAGGAAAAGUUUAUAGAAAAUUGGUUGAUGGGGGCUAUAGGGGUGGCUGAAACAAGCAAGGAGCAAAAAGAGGCUAGUCACAUGAGGAAGAGGAGUUGGAGCCUUAGCGUCAAAAAGGAAAAAUCAAAUAUUUCAUCUGGAAAAGUG